AUAAAUUACAUAAAAUACUUACAAAAAAUAUUUUUCAAUAUAAACAUGAGAUGUUUUUGAACAAGACGCGUGAAGCGGGAAGAACAUAAACGUGGCCUGCUUUCUCGCCCCAAGCCCCCAGUUUUGUUGACAUAAUAGUCUCGUAGUAUAUGGGAAUGGUAAUUUGGUAAAUUAAUUUUGGCGCCGUUCGGCGCAUACAUAUUUUAUUUUGUGGAGUAAUUUUUUCCUUCAAUAAUGUUUAAUUCAACCGAAUUGUCUCGUUCUUCUUUAUCGGCUUUUACGCCGAGAAAUACGUCAAGAAGAAGUAUAAUAUCUCCUGGACAAACUAGCCGUCUGUUUCCGCGUUCAACCAGGUUAAACAGCAGAACACCAAAAUCAGUUAUUUCCACUCGAGUUAUCAAUGAAAAUUCCUUACAUCGUGUCGAGACUUAUGGACUUGCACUUCCAGUUCAAGUUAAUGAGAUUAUUGGCUCUUCCAGUGGCUCUCAAUCUCCAAUCACUGUCUACAUCGACCCUGCAGGCUGGGCAUGGUUAGUGCAUGAAAGACGACUGCUUGUUUGGCGUUACCUUUCCACAGAAAGAUCAAAGGUCACAUUUUGCAAAGAAUUUUUGUUGCCUCCAACAGAACUUUAUCACAAUGCCAAACUUGUGUGCCUAGUUCGAGCAUCAGGGAUGGAUUCCCAGCAAUGUGGAGUGCUUGUGGUUUCACCCGAAGGCACAGUAUGUUAUUGGCCAAAUAUGAUACAUGAAAGCAGUCCUAUUGAGACAUGUACUGGACUUGUUGGCCAGGAAUGUCAUUCUUUACUGGAGUUUCAGCCUCAUGGAUACCUAAUGACCACUACAACCAAUGAAAUUCUUUUAUUAUACAUUCAGAAGAAAUCCAUUUUGUAUCAGCAUUUCCGUCAACCGGGUGGAGUUUUCUCAGGUUUUGGUCGAAGAAUGUCUUCGUUCAUUUUUGGAGGAACAGACCAAUCAUCCAUGGUGGUUCAUAAAGUUUUUACCAAGAAGUCAAACAAUUUAGAAAGCAAUUUAAGAAGUUUCUAUGUUCUGCGUGGUAACAAUCUUUAUAAGUGGAGCGUUGAUUCGCGCGGAGGCAGUAAAGUGUUUGAUGAGAAGAUGGAAGAUGAAUGGAGUGUGGGAAAACUUUUCCAACAACAUUCGUCUCUAACAUUUCGGGUUGAUUUGAAUAAAGUAAAACCAUUCUGUAUCGAUGCGCAGGAAUCAAGUUAUGGCGUAUCCAUUUUAUGCGCAGUACUUGUUGAGAACCCAGAAAUGGAUGAAACUCGCAUGUACUAUUUUCUGGGAUCCCUUGAUGUGAAAGAAAACAGUGACACAUAUGGUCGCUUUCUCGCGUUCGUGCAACUAAAAUUUGCCGAAGAUUACAAGGAAGAAUUGCAUCAACAACUGAUUGACUUUAAGCUUUGUGUUCCUGCGUUGAGUAAAUACGCCUUUUGUACAGUGAAAAUAUCAUCGUUCCAUUUUCAAUCGAUAAAACUGACAGUUUUGAACAAAAUCGAAUUCCCUCAAGACGAUGAAUCCAUUGUUGGAUCUGGCUCUACAAGUGAAAAUGCGUUAUUCUUUGCACGUAAACAUGGUAUCAUACUGGUUACUGUGGUCGGAAAUACUGAGAUAGAAAACGAAACAGUCCCUUCAUCAUCUACUAACCGUCAGCUUUCAUCCAUGACGCCUUUAAAAGAAAAUAGCAAGGAUGACAACUUGACAAAGUUAAGAGAAGCGUUUUUGAUAUUUUGUCAAGGAAAUCAGGAUGAAGCACAAACUAUAUGUGAUGAGCAGUUUGGAGAUAUUGGUGAACGAGAAAAUGGGAAUAGUUUGGAUUUUGCUUGCAUUUCUGUUGGCCAAGAAAUCAUAGACGAUUAUCCUGCUUCAGAUCCGAGAUGGGCUGAGGCUGUACCUUCAGAUUCCUACACGUCAUCGGCGUCCCUUAUUAUAAUUCAUCAGUUGGAGGACAAACUUAAAGCUCACGGUUACUUUUUGCAGUUCUUAAAAGAAAUGCUUCUAUUUCAAAAGUUAAGUACAACGCAGCACUUGGGUAAAAUGGUAAAUACGAGGUAUUUGUUGUGUGAACAAGCGGAGAAGUUGAAGUUUGCUGUAGCUUUGAGGCGACAACACAACAAAUACCAGGAGAUUGUUGACGAAGCCAUACAACUGGUUAUGAAAAACAGGGAUCUCGACUCCUCACCAAAGGAUUUGACGCAACAAGAUUUAUUCUAUCGUGAGGUCAAUCGUGUCUCUGAUAUUGUUCCUUGUCUUUUGGAGUGCGAGAAAUUACGACUAUCUAAACAACCAUCGCAAGAAGAUCAUCGAGAAAUUAUCAUGACUGUCAACACUGUUUUAGAGAAUGCUUUAAAAGAAGUUUGGCUUUAUCGUAAAGGAAACUAUGAAAUCUAUGGAGCUCUAACGACGAUGAUAUUAUCGUGGAGAUUCAACCGUGGACUGGUGGGAUACGGUAUAAUUUUUUUAAUAGCUUCAAGUUCCCCGGAUGGCAUGAGAACUCUAAUUUUGGAACAGUUAGAAAUAUCUUCUGAAAGAGCCUUCCCUUUGGCGGAGGAUCAGAAGACGAAGGCGACUUUGGUGCAGCAAUUGGUUAAUCUCUCUGAUAUAGUAUUGGUUAGCUACGUUACGCAGUUAAAUUCCUUGAGGAAUUUUGAAGACCAAGGAAGAUUUCACAAAAUCAACCAGAUGUUUGAGCAUGACAGACGCUCCGUAAUAUAUCCCCUAGUAUCACGUGGUUAUUUGGAGGAAGCUUUGUCAUUGGCUGAGAAGUAUCGUGAUUUUCACUUACUGAUUGAAAUAUGUGAAGAACUAGAUGAUCAAGAGAAGCUUCAGAAUUACAUGAAUAAAUUCCGCAACGAAAAUUUCUCGGAUGUUGCGUUCAAGUGGUAUAUGGAUAGAGGUAAAAGGAGUAAGCUAAUGAGUCAACCGUGGACACAACAUGAAAACCUUUCCAAAUUCUUAUCUUCUCAUGAUCACUUAAAAUGGUUACAUGACAUUGACAGAAACUCGUUUUAUAAUGCUUUUGAAACAUUGAAAGAGCUUUCCGAGAGUGAAAAACAUUAUAUUGGAAGAAAAAAGACUUUGCUAAGUCUAGCGAAACUCGCUUUGCUUGCCUCGGAUAAAGACGAGACGGAUCAUGUUGAGAAGAUAAUUCAAGAAAUAUCAAACAAACAAACACUCGUAAUGUAUCAAGAAAGUUUACCAAUUGACAUAUUACAGAAUGCCUCUCUUGAUCCUGUUCAAAUGGCUCCGCUAACACCAGAAGAGUUAAUCGAGCUUCUUAUCAGUGACGUGAACAAACAACGUAAUGAAAACGACUUUAUGAAGGCAUUGACAUAUGAAGCAACUGAACACGAAAGAUACAACAUGUUGAAAUUAAAAAUAUGGACUCAAGCGCUUCUUGUUGACGACUGGAAUAACCUUAAAUCAGAUGAUCCAGUUCUAUCUGCUAAGGAUACUGUAUUCUUCAAGACAGUUGAAAAUCUUUCCCGUGCCGGUCACGAUCUGCACUCCUGUCUUCCUUCAAUGGAGAGUGUUUUGACAAGCGAUGAUCUUAUAACAGCAGGAUUGACUGACAAUGCGACUUUUCAGUUUUUACUGCAAGCUGCUUAUGAACAAAUCCAACGAAAUUAUAUUGACAUGGAUGUACAAAUGUAGACAGACAAGCGUAUGAUAUUUUGUGGAUAUGCAUGGAUAUUGGAGACCUUUUUUCUAUUAAUGUGCUCACGUACGUCGUUUUCUUUAGAGUAUGAUAAUAUAUUUUUAAACUUCAAA